AUGUCAUUGACAGUGAAAGUAUUUCUGGAGCAUGCCAACGGAUCCAAUGAGAUCCGCAGGUUUCCGCUCAACACUGCAGCCGGUGGGGAUGUGUUUACCGCGGCCAAGGACAAAAUCAAGCAGCUGUACCCGACUUUGACUCAUGGCAACUUCACUUUGUACUGGCAAGACCCAGAUGGGGAUCGUGUUGCUUUUUCCACCACCGAGGAGAUGAAGGACGCUAUGGCGUGUGCUUCUGAUGGAGUACUGCGCGUUUACAUUCCUGGUAGGUUGAUCCGUUUGGGUGCAAAACCCAGCCAGGGCCAGCGCACAGAGGGUGAGGGGCCGAUCCAUGUGGGCGUGACCUGCGACGGAUGUGAGGGUCCAGUGAUCGGCAUCCGUUACAAGUGUUGCAUCUGUCCUGACUACGACUUGUGCCAGGCUUGUGAAGCCAAGGGCUUGCACACGGAGCACGAUAUGUUCAAGAUCAUGCAGCCUCGGAUGGCGGGGCCCGGUGCAGCUGGGGCCAGCGCUACAGCUGGUGCAGAGGCCCAACCUGGCACAAACCCCGAGGACAGAGACAAGGAGAGGGCCCAGUAUGAGGAGUACUUGAACGAGGUUGGAGCUGAUAUUGCUGCUUUCCUCGAUCCAUUUGGAAUUGAUGUGACUUACGACGUACAUCAUGGGAAUGGAACUCACCAGAGGGGAAACUGUCACCGAACCUGGGGACGAGGAGGCGGCUGCCAGGCCUGGGAGAACAUGCAGCGUAGAAGCAAGCAGGGCGGAGCUCCUGGAGAUAACAAAGAAGCCGGGGCUAAAGUUGGGGGCGAAGCAAUGGAGACUGAUGCAGGGAAUGUUCCGCAGAAGGACAAGAACUCGACAGAAGAUGUGAAUAAGACCGGAAACGGAAGUGACAAUGGAAGUGAUGACUGGACCUAUGUUAAGGAGGAUGAAACAGAUUUCAAAUUUGUUGCCUCAGCUCCUAUUCCUAUGCCCGGACCUUCAGCGAUCCCCAUGCCAGGACCCAAUGCAGCACCCCAGUCUGCUGAUCCCAGGAUCCAACAGAGUCUUGAUCAGAUGCUGUCCAUGGGAUUCUCGGACACAGAUGGUUGGCUGACGGCCCUGCUGGCUGAGUUCAGUGGUGAUAUUGGUUCCACCCUUGACGCCAUCAAAGCCAAGGCCACCCAGCAGUUGGAGAGUCUGCGGGACCACACCAAAUAA